UCCACCUGCAGCUCCCUGGGUCGGUGGGCGCUGGUGAGCCUCCUCUUUCUUUCUCUUUCGUCCUCUUCCUCCGCCCGGACCCUCCCCAACCCCCAAUCCCCCAGCUCAUCCAUCGAGUCUCCGCCCACCCAGGGGGUGCCUGUGAGUCUCACUCCGCCUCCUCUGCAGGAGCCAACCUUCGCCCCAUUGGCAGCUGGACUGGCCUGGGAGCUCAUAAAGCCCCUUGCCCAAGCCCAGGCUCUCAUCGCUGCAGCUGGAGGCGCUCCCUGGGGCUUCCAGCCUGGCUGGCUGCAGUGAUGGCCUGGGAGCGGGCUUGUGGGUAUCUGCUUUUGGCUCCCAGAAAAGCUUGGAGCAAAUGAAUCUGGGGUGGAUUUGGAGUGGCGGCAGCCUUCUCCUUCCAGAAGCCUCACCCUGCACAGCCUCCAUUUUUCCUGCUCUGGCUCCCUGAUCCUCCUUCUGUUGGUUCCCGGAAACCUCACUCCUCUCUGAUCAGCGAUCUCUGCUGCCUGGUCUUUCUGAUCUCAUCCCACCUCUUCCUCUCUAAGUCUGACCUAGUAACUAUUUCCACUCAUUUCCAGCCUCCUCCGUGUCACCCCUCCUUUCUCCUUCCUCUCCCCACUCCAUUUCAUCUGCACGACCUCUCCACUUUCACCCUCACCCCUCCCAUCUUCCCUCCUAGCAAGCUUUGACCAUGGAUUCUGGGCGACCGUGGGCUACCCAUCCCACCCCCAGGGGCACCCUCUCUGCCCCCAAUGCCACCACGCCCUGGCUGGGCCGGGAUGAGGACCUGGCCAAGGUGGAGAUCGGAAUCCUGGCCACUGUCCUGGUGCUGGCAACAGGGGGCAACCUGACGGUGCUGCUGACGCUGGGCCGGCCGGGCUGUAAGCGCUCCCGCAUGCACCUGUUUGUGCUGCACCUUGCCCUGACAGACCUGGGCGUGGCGCUCUUCCAGGUGCUGCCCCAGCUGCUGUGGGACAUCACCUACCGCUUCCAGGGCCCUGAUAUCCUCUGCAGAGCCGUCAAGUACCUGCAGGUGCUCAGCAUGUUUGCGUCCACCUACAUGCUGCUGGCGAUGACGCUGGACCGCUACCUGGCUGUCUGCCACCCCCUGCGCAGCCUCCAGCAGCCCAACCAGUCCACCUACCCCCUCAUUGCUGCCCCCUGGCUGCUGGCCGCUGUCCUCAGCCUCCCUCAAGUCUUCAUUUUUUCCUUGCGGGAGGUGAUCCAGGGCUCGGGGGUACUGGACUGCUGGGCAGACUUCCGCUUCCCUUGGGGACCACGGGCCUACAUCACCUGGACCACUGUGGCCAUCUUUGUCCUGCCCGUGGCCAUGCUCACUGCCUGCUACAGCCUCAUCUGCCAUGAGAUCUGUAAGAACCUAAAAGUCAAGACACAGGCCUGGAGGGUAGAAGGCAGGGGCUGGAGGACAUGGGACAGGCCCUCCCCUGCUCCCCCAGCUGCAUGGACACAGGGCCUGCCCUCCCGGGUCAGCAGCAUCAGCACCAUCUCUCGGGCCAAGAUCCGCACUGUGAAGAUGACCUUCGUCAUAGUGCUGGCCUACAUCGCCUGCUGGGCGCCCUUCUUCAGUGUCCAGAUGUGGUCUGUGUGGGACAAGAACGGCCCUGAUGAAGAUUCAACAGAUGUGGCCUUCACCAUCUCCAUGCUUUUGGGCAACCUUAGCAGCUGCUGCAACCCCUGGAUCUACAUGAGCUUCAACAGCCACCUGCGGCCCCGCCCCCUGCGCCACCUUCCCUGCUGCCGGAGUGCAGGGCACGGGAUGCGCAGGCAGCUCUCCAAUGGCAGCCUCUCCAGCCGGGGCACCACGCUGCUGACCCGCUCCAGCGGCCUGCCCACCUUCAGCCUCAGCCCCAGCCCUGGCGGGAGGCCCCAACCCAAGGGGGACUGGAAAGACCUGGAGCCUGUGGGCAGGGAAGCCCCCCCUGAAACCCACACCUUUUAGGGAGCACCACUCGAAGUCAUGUGCUAAUGGCAGGGCUCCUGGGAGGUCUCUGCUCAUCUCAGGCACUGUAUGAAAACUGAGGGGCGAGGGUGAGACUAAGGGGGCCCCAGUUUGAGGCAGAAAGAGGAGGCCAAAGUGGCUGCCCUGAUCCUGGUGGAGCAGCUGCCUCUCAGACUGAGGCUGCCCUCACUGGACCCAACCUCACAUGACGGAGUCAAAGGGAAUCAAAGCGCCUGCUUUUCCCAUCCUGCUAUAUGUCCAGGGUGUCCGAGAACACACCUGUCUGAUAGAGGUGGCCCCAAAUCUGGGGCGGUUGGACAGUCCAUGAACAGGCAGUGGGAAGCAGAGGUGGUCGGGGGUGCUGCUUGCCCUGCCCAGCUGGGCACCCUCCUACCCCAGCAGAAGGGAAAGGAAAGCCUCUGGGGAUUCUGCCUGGUUCCUGGUUUCUUCUGUGUUAGUAGAGGGGGGAUUAUUUGAUGACGAAAAGUGAAUGGGUCUGGGCAUUGCCCACUAUGCCCUCUGUCUUGUAAGGGAGGUGGAGGGCUUAGUGCGGGCCUGGCGGCCAGGAUGAGUGCUUGCUGCCAAUGCCGGUCUCUCUCCGCCCCACAAGUCCCCUUUAUAGACUGGGGCGCAGUGCAUGUUCUGUGACUUACUCGGCGAGAGUGAGGAGGAAGAAGGGAGGGAAGGAGGAGGAGAUGAAACUGGUCACAAUAGAAUUAAGAGUGGGAGGAAGCCUCAUAGGCUGCAGCAGUGGCUUGUUCUUCCUCCUCCAGGCAGGAACCCACUGCUCCUUCCUCUGAGGCUGCUUGGAAGAGAUGCCCUUUGAGAGACUGUGAUGUGACGUGGCUCUGGAUUCCCAGCAGCUCCUCAGCACCCCAUACAGAUCUCCUGCCUGCUCACAUGUCGUGACAUGUGCUGCUCACAUGUGAUCAGGGCCGGACCCUGGGACUUGAGACUGCUCUGCCCCAGGGGUCUGUGCGACCUUGGGCCAGUCGCCUGCCCUGCCUGGGCCUGAGUGUCCUCCCCUGCAGAGCAGGAUGAUCUCUCAAGUCCUCCCCAGCCGAAGCCUUUCACGGCUGCUCCACUGGAAAUGGCAUUACAACAGAGGGACACAGGGCGUUCUGACUCAUGGGCGCUAGAGAAAUUGUUGGAUUUUCAUGACAAUGACGUUUAUGCCUUCUGACCCAUUUCUGGGACGGUGGGUCCCACCAUGGCAGUUUGGACCUCUUUCCCCUCAAUUCUGUGAUGCUGAAGUGGGGAGAGACAGCUGGGAGGGUACAAUCUGGGGCUUGCUCGUACCCUCACUGACUCCAGGGGGUUUUCCUCAUGGAGCGGCUCCCUACCAUAUGGUGGAUAGAGCAUCAGCUGAAAGGCCUGGAGAGCUGUGUCUCGGUUCUGCCAGUGUCAGUCAUAUGCCGGUGAAUCCUUGCUAUCUCGAUUGUCACUGUCAAUAGGAUGGUGGACAUAAAAGUGGUUUGUAAGCCCAGGCUCUCUGUAUGAACAUGAGGGCUUGCUGGGUGCAUUUAGGCUCCUGAGAGCAGCUUGAGGUGCUGGAUGGCUCUGCUCUGUCUUCCUCUCACGGAGAAGCUUUGAGGAAUGACUGUGACUUUGGAGAUACUCUUAAAGGCCACUGAGCUCUCAGAAGUGUCCUUAAAAGAAAAGAACCUGAGUGGAGUGUAAUGAGCAAGGAAAAUACCCCAACCGUUCAGCAAGAGAGCUGGAGGCUGGGACGUGAGCCCCAGUGAGCCCAACACAUCAGGUGGACGGGAGGACCCUGGCUCCCGCUUCAUGUGCCCUGUUGCCCGGCUCUCUCCUGACAUCCUGCCACUCCCGCCUGCCCCCCUGCCCAGAUGCAGCUGGACCUGGAAACCUGCCCUGGCAGCCAGGCUGUUAAAGUUGCUUCUUUCCUGCUGAUGUCUAACCCUACCCCCCACCCAGGCCACAUUUCCUGACCUCAUGGUAGAUGCUCAGUAAACCUCAGCUCAUCAGGAUGACUGAGAGGUAGAAGGAACCCCAGGUUUGUUCCCAAAAGACCUAGCUCCUAAUCUCAUCCCUUUUCUGCCUGUAUGAACUUGGGCAAGAUCUGCUCUCUCUGAGCAAUGUUCUCCACAUUUUUUAGAACUAAAUAACAGUGCUCACCUCAUUGUGGGGAAUUUGUGAGACUAUAGACACAGAACUAGACACUCUUGAUGUUCGAGAAGGGCAACAAUGCCUAUCCCAGGGUGGGGCUGGUGGGGGGCCAGGGCCUGGGCUAAGACACCACACAGUUCAGAGUGGAAGAGGAGACCUCGGGUCAGGGUUGGCCAGCGCCUCCCCUCGCCUUCUCUAGCACUCCCCUGCCACCCCUCUUACCACCAUAAUAAUUCCAGUUUUGUGUCUCAUUAGGGGGAUCCAGGUGUCUGGGACUCUCACUGUUCCUCCUAUGGACAGGCUGUACUUGACCUUUUCCAGAAAGCUGGUGUUAUCGUCUUUAAAAAAAAAACAAAACACCUUUUUUAAAAAAAAGAUUUAUUUAUUUCUGCAUACAAGAAUUGGGAUAUAAGCCAGAGUGCAGGGCUGGUGGUGAGAGGAUUCACCAGAGACAGAGUGGGGACCAGAACAGGCAGACUGACUGAAACACACUGCUGAGUGUGGGUCUGCUAAACUUAAGUGGCCUGUUUAGCUGCCAUUAUAGUUACCUGCGGUUCUGCAUUCCUAGACAAGAUCAGAACUGGCAUUCAGAACCGGUCAGUCAGACAUAGGAGUCAACCUUACAAGGUGCCUUUCAUAUCAGUCAAGAGCAGAAAGCUUGAUCACUCUGGGAAGGGUAUGAAUCAAGAGGUAUGACUGGGAAUGCCCAGGGGGCUGAGGACUGAUGUAUCACAAGGGACCCCAGAAGCUGACUAGUAGAAUGUCUUGUUGAUAAGAUUAGGACCAUGGCCAGAGGUCUGGGGUCUGGUUUUGAUUACAAUACUUGGUCAUCAAGCUGGUAACAUGGUUGGCAGACUCAUGCUCCCCAGGCCCUAGAUGAUAUUCCUGAGUUUCACUUAUCCUUUCUCCUUGUUCUCCUAACCCACGUCACUGAUGCUAUAUGAUUAUUCUAUCAAUAAAAAUGACAGGAUCUUGCUCUUGAGCAGCAUCCUGCAUUAUGUA